UGUACAAUUCCUCUACCGCACUCUUCGAUCCGGAGCCAAGUGGUGACUGCCAAAUCAUUCCGGGCGACUUGUGCUUACGAGCAGCCCGAGGAGAUCGACAUAUGUUUCCUACGGAACGUCGCGGUAGCCAACUCUUCACCCACGGACUUGUCUUCGGACCCCCGUGUGGUACGGUUGCUGGACAAGUUCGCCGACAUCUUCGAGUCACCUACCGGUGUGGUGCCGGGUUGGCCGAUCUCUCAAUGAUCAUUCUUGAGGCCGGUGCCGUGCCGCCGAAAGGUUGCAUCUAUCGGAUGAGCGAGGAGGAGCUUGAGGUACUCCGCGCACAACUCGAUGAUUUCUUGGCCAAGGGCUGGAUCCGCCCGAGUAGCUCCCCAUAUGGAGCACCAGUUCUCUUCGUCAGGAAGAAGAACAAGGAUCUACAAUUGUGCAUUGACUACCGCAAGCUCAACGCGCAAACCGUCAAGAAUGCGGGGCCUCUUCCUCGCAUCGACGAUCUUCUCGAGCGGCUGGGCGGUGCGAAGUAUUUUUCCAAGUUGGAUUUGAAGUCAGGAUACCCUCAAAUCUCGAUUCAGCCGAAUAAUCGCUACAAAACCGCAUUCAAGAUGCGGUACGGGCAUUUUGAGUGGGUGGUCAUGCCUUUUGGCCUCACCAACGCCCCGGCGACAUUCAAGGCGGCGAUGACCAAUGAGUUUCGUGCAAUGUUGGACCGGUUCGUGCUGGUCUACUUAGACGAUAUUCUCGUCUAUAGUCGGACAUUGGAGGAUCAUCUUGGGCAUCUUCGACGAGUGUUGGAGACGCUCCGUCGUGCCAAGUACAAGGCCAACCGCGACAAGUGCGAAUUUGUCCGGCAAGAGCUGGAAUACUUGGGCCAUUUUGUCACACCGGAGGGCAUCAAUCCGCUAUCGGACAAGAUUCAGGCCGUCCAAGAGUGGCCGGAGCCUCAGAACGUCACGGAUGUUCGCUCCUUCCUCGUCCUCGGGCAACAUGACGGUGUGGACUGGCACCCGGUCGCUCUUGUGCAUUCCAUUGAUGAUGCACGCAAGAAGGAGCUCCUCGCCUUCGUCCACGCGCUCAAGCGGUGGUGGCACUUCCUCCUUGGCCGAAGCCAGUUUCGAUGGGUCACGGACAACAAUCCGUUGGUCUUCUACAAGACCCAAGACACCGUCAACAGCACCAUCACUCGAUGGAUGGCUUUCAUCGACCAGUUCGACUUCUUUCCCGAUCACAUUCCGGGGAAGUCGAACCGUUUUGCGGAUGCUCUUUCUCAACGUCCGGAUCACUGUACCGCGGUCUACACAACAUUCGAGAUCGACGACGACCUGCGGAACAGCUUCAUCCGCGGCUACCAAGUCGACCCCGAUUUUCACGACAAGUACGCGAAUUGCUCCUCUCCUAAUCCGGAUCCUCACUACCGGAUCCAAGAGGGGUACUUGCUUGUCCACACUUGCCACAAGACCGGAGUGGAUGGGAUUCUCACGGUGGUCGACCGACUCACCAAGUUCGCCAUGUUUUUGCCUUGUCGCUAUCAUGCCAAGGCACCAGAGUUGGCCGAGGUUCUUUACGCCGGUUGGAUUCGCACCAGGGGUUACCCCAAGGAGAUCGUCUGCGACCGCGACACUCGGUUCAUGUUCGAUUUUUGGUUGGCGCUCAUCAAGCGAUGGGGCUCAUCUCUCAAGCCCAGUUCAGCUCGCCACCCUCAGACCGAUGGCCAGACGGAGAGGGCGCAUCAGACCGCACAGGUUCUUCGCACUCUCAUCCGCCCCGACCAGAAAGACUGGGUUGAGCGACAGCCGGACGUUGAGUUGGCUUACAACUCUUCCAUCCACCCGGCUAUUGGGAUAUCGCCCUUCGAGUUCGAGCACGGCUCGCCGGUCACAUCACUGUUGGACACUAUCACUCCACGCACGGCCAAGAGCGACGACCAUCUUCUCUUCUUGCGUCGGAUGCAAAAGCUUCUUGUCAAGGCACGCGAUCAAAUGGCUAAGACGCAGCAGCGCAUGAGCCAGCAGGCAAAUCGCCAGCGUCUUCCUUGUCCAUUCCGCGUCGGAGACCUUGUCUGGGUUUCAGCAGCGAAAUUCAGCCUUGAACAGGACAUCUCUCACAAGCUCCUUCCGAAAUGGAUGGGGCCUUGGCCGAUCAUUGAGCCCGCUGGGGACGCACCUGAAGGGCCUUCCUUCACGACAGGUCCCUAGCCACUUGCCUGUCUACCCAGUCUUUCAUUGUUCCAAAUUGGCUCUGUACACGCCUGCGGAACAU